AGGGCGCCUUCUUCGUUGGGGCAACAAAUCAAAGGAAAACGGGAAAAUGCGACGGACGUUGACGUCGCGUGCGCUGCGGCAGUCGCCGCGACUCGCCGUCUUUCACGUCUCCAAGUCCGUGAAGGAGGAAGAGAAGAAGUGGGAGGAGAAGAAGAAGGAGGCGGCCAGUAAAGGUUUCGGUCGCCGUGACAGCGUAGAGGAUAAGGUCCUCAUGGGACAGAUGUUCGAGGCCCCGGAGAGCAUCGGCGGCGGCGUGGUCGUGGCGAACCUGCCUCCGAAGCAGCACGAACCGACGGAGUUCGACGCCUAUCAGCUCUCCACGACGGACUUUUCCUCUCUCGUCACACCGCACGGCACGCCUCCGGUGAAGACCGGGCUGGGCGCCGGGUUUGGUGCGCGCGAAGACAAGCGGCUCGGUUUUCUCCGUCCGCGGCAGCCUCUGCAGCCCUACACCGGUUCCACCGCUGUGGUGCCAAAGUUCGACGAAAACGGCCUGCCACUGGAGCAGUCGCUGACGCCGGAGCAGAUGAUGCGAAAGCGCAAGGAGUACAUGAAGACUUUCGAAGGCACCACGAUGAGUGCGUCGGAGCACUUCCUGUUGGUCGACCUCGACUUCCAGAAGGACGCGAUGCUCUUUGGCACCACCCGCGAGGAGUUCGAGCACAACGUGACCAAGUUGAAGAACGUGAUUAUCGCGUACAACAAGUGGGAGCGCACAGACAACUUCUACCGAUACAUGACCGUUUUACUGAAGCUGCUGACGCUGUGGAUCCUUAUGGAGAGCCUGCAGCAGUUCUACGAGCUGCGUCUCUUUGCCGCCAACUACGACGACUUUGUCGAAGCGAUGGAGAUGGACAUCGCAGCGUUGGUGCACAAAAGGGCUGCCGACUUCGCCGAUGCCGCGCGGGAGUUGCAACAACACAAACCAGACUUCGCGCCGGUGCUCGAGGCCAUUGCGAAAGAGCGUGACCGCGUGGUGGCCGUGGAGGCGCGUGCGAACAAGCAGAUGGCGGAGGCAGACAUGGCGAACAGCAGCAGCAGCAGUAGCAGCGGCGGCGGUAUCGCCCUUCUCGCAUGGGAGGCGCUGGGUGCCAACAUCGGCCGCGAUGGUACGCAUGAGCAGCAACCAGCGUCGACACUGUCUCCGCUAGACGUGAAGGCCGACGGAGCGCCGCACCCGAUGGACACCACCAACGUGGAGGAGCACAGGGAACGCCAGCGCAGAGCGGAGGAGGAGCGCGAGAUGCGCCGCCUGGCACUGUACAACGAUUCGUCUCGGCAAGACGGAGUCUGGUGGCACGUGUGGAAACGAGUGAAGGGCGUCGUUCGCGGUCAAGACCGCCUGCCAGAGGCGGAUGUGACGCGUUACUCCUACGCGGCAAGCCCUACCAGCAUUACCUCGAUGCGUGCGCUGCGUCGCAUUCUGCUGCCGCGCUCUGAGGACGUGGUGCAGGUGGUGCGGGAGGAGAUGGUCGCCUACAAGGCGCAGAAGGAACAGAUGCGGGCACAUCCACUUUAA